GGCCGGGCUGUGAAACAUGUGCGGUGUCGAUAAUGGCGACGGAGGGAAGCUUUUAUGUCAGAUCCGCAAUCGGGUAUUAAAGGGGAGGAUUUGCAGUCGGGAAACUCAAAUCAAUCAUCACAUCAAAAUCUGACAGAGUUGCCUAAUUUAUCAUAAUCUGAAUACCAUCGGAUUUUGAACAUGGAAGGAGAAAGCACUGUUCACAGUGAGGAGAAACCGUACACGUGUUCUGUGUGUGGACGAGGCUUCAGCCAAUCAUCUGACUUGUCAGAACACAAAUGCCGUCUCAACAGAGAGAAACCGUGGAAAUGUGGGGACUGUGGGAAGGGAUUUAAUUACCCAUCUGAGCUGGAAAAUCAUCAGCGAGUUCACACUGGGGAGAGGCCGUUCACCUGCUCUGAGUGUGGGAAGGGAUUCACUUGUUCAUCAACCCUGCUGCAACAUCAACAAGUUCACACUGACGAGAGGCCUUUCAAAUGUCCAGACUGCGGGAAGUGCUAUAAAAGUCCCCGGGAACUGACUGGCCAUCAACGUGUUCACUCUGACGAGAGACCGUUCAGGUGCUCUCACUGUGGAACUGGGUUCAAGACAUUAUCUGUCCUCACUGUACACCAGCGAAUUCACACUGGGGAGCGACCGUUCAUCUGCUCAAAUUGUGGGAAGGGAUUUGCUCACUCAUCUCACCUGCUGACACACCAGCGUAUUCACACUGGGGAGAGACCUUUUAAGUGCCCAGACUGCAGGAAGGGCUUUAAAAGUUCCUGGGAACUGAUGUUUCAUCAACGUCUUCACACUGGCGAGAGGCCGUUCAGGUGCUCUCAUUGUGGGGCUGGGUUUAGGCGAUCACCUGAUCUGAUUGUACACCAGCGAGUUCACACCGCAGAGAGGCCAUUCACCUGCUCCGAGUGUGGGAAGGGAUUCACUCGGUCAUCCACUCUGCUGGAACACCAGCGAGUUCACACUGGGGAGAGGCCGUUCACCUGCUCCGACUGUGGGAAGGGAUUCACUCGGUCAUCCCACCUGCUGACACACCAGCGCACUCACACUGGGGAGAGGCCGUUCACCUGUGCUGAAUGUGGGAAGGGGUUCAGUCAGUCAUCCCACCUACUGACACAUCAGCGAAUUCAUACUGGGGAGAAGCCGUUCACCUGUUCUGAGUGCGGGAAGAGGUUCACUCAGUUAUCCAACCUGCUGCUACACCAACGAGUUCACAAGUAACGAUAAUGAUUGGAUUUUUCUGUUAAUCAUAUUUGGGGUGAACCGUUGUUCAUUGGGGUCUGUUUCUGCUGAUGUUAAUAAACUUUAGCCCAGUUAUU